CACCCAAACCCCACUGGCGAGCACUGUUGGAUGAGCCAAACCGGUACCUGGGUACAUGAGGGGCUGCUCAUUUUAGCGGGUGGGUUCCUCUGAACCAAUCGCCCCAACGCCUGGCUCCAGAGGGUGCGACAUGCUCCCGAGACCCCCCCUCGCUCCCAAGACCCAAGCGCAACAACAGGCAUUAACGUGUGCUGCAACUCCGCAAUAUCCAGUCCAGACCUAAAUCAAAAUUCCGAUAUUGCCUUUUUCCAUAGCACCUUUUUCUCUCGUCACUUACGACAUUUGUCUACAGUCUGUUCUACCAGGUACCACUAGUGCGUGCCAUCUUACCGACAGAAUUACCUACCCAUAAGGUUUCCUGCAGUGUCUUGGAACAUUAUCUCUCAGCCGAGCGGCCGACUUUUGAAAAAGUCCACCUACUACCUGUACCUCUCCCGAUUGCCCACUGCUUCCGAGCACCCCGAGAUAGUAGACCGAAACGAUACAACUGCCAACGACCCACUGACAUCAUGGCCGACGACCCGCACAACACGAGCGACAUCUCGGACCAAGUCGAGGCAGGCGCUGCUAAGGAAGAUGCCGAGACCACGGCGACGAGAAGAGAGCUGAAGCAGACGUCUAUUUCUGAAAAGGCGGGGCAGCUAUCGACCUCUCAAGACGACAAGAGCGCCUCUGACGAUGAUGAUGCGCCCAAAGAUAAGACAACUACUGCCGGCGCUCGCAAGGUCACGCCGCCAGUGGCCCUUGGUGUCCCAAGCGACGAAACACUGGCCGAGCAGAUCUCGUCCCCCAAGAAGAAGCGAGCGCAUGCCGAGUUGGACGAGAACAAGGAUGUGGCCGAGGCUCCUUUGGAAGGGGAAGGGUCUGCCGCGACCGACAGCAAGAACAACACAGCUGUGACGCUCAACCGUACAAACCGAUCCGAGCCCGAGAAGAAGAGACCACGGGAUCGCCAGGCCAGCGCGUCUGCUGUCAAGAGCGGACAGGAAGAAGUGGAGCCGUUGUCGGCGAGUGCCUCCCCACGCUCGAGCAUGGAGGAGCUGGCUAAGAGCCGACCUGCCAACACGGCUACCGUGCGUUCACCGAUCGAUAAGCCGCAAACAACCUCGACGUCUGCUUUUGCCUCGUCAGGAUUUGCCAAGCUGGGAGCCUCGUCUGCUUCGCCGUUUGCGGCUGCGUCAGGAGCCUCGCCAUUUGCGUCUGCUGGUGCUGGGAAGCCGAGUGUGUUUGGAUCGGCUGGGACGGCUGCGUCUUUCGGGAGCGUUCUUGGUGGAUCUACACCCGCUGCUCCGGCCAAAUUGAACUUUAGCUCGACCUCGACGGCGUCACCUUUUGCGUCGGCGCUUAACGGACAGACUGGCGGGGGGUCGGUGUUCAAGUCGAGUCCUUUUGGAAGUGCCUUUGGUGGUGCUAGCGCUUUGUCUGGUGGCGGUGCUCGGUUGACCAACUUUGGCAAGCCUGGUGAGGUCCUUAAGAGUGGCAAGCCGGCCAAGCCUUUUGGUGCGCCAGAAAGUGACGCGGAGGAGAGUGAGAAGGAUGAAGACGGCGAGGAGGAGAAUGGGGAGGGUGCUGGGGCUGAUGGGGAGGAGGAGAACAAGGAUGAUGAGAAGGAAGAGAGUGAGAGGAAGAGGUUGAAGCUACAUAAGAUCGUGGUCGACGAUGGCGAGAGCUCAGAGGUCACACUCUUCUCCCAACGCGCCAAGAUGUAUGUUAUGGAAAAGGGAGUUGGGUGGAAAGAGAGAGGUGCCGGCAUGCUCAAGGUCAAUGUGCCAAGAGCGACGGUCGAGUUUGAAAACGACGGCUCCCCAGACGCGACCAGCUUUGACGCCUCGGUGUUGGAAGACAAAGACUACAGCGGACCUAAGAACGUACGCUUGAUCAUGCGCCAGGACCACACCCUGAGGGUCAUCCUCAACACGAUUGUGCUGCCAGCGAUGCAGUUCAAGAUUGAGAAGAAGCUCAAGGCGGCGACGGUGUUGUUCACGGCAUUUGAGAAUGGAGAGCCGCAGUUGGUACAGAUGAAGCUCAGUAACGCCAACGCGGAUCUGUUCUCGGACCUGGUGGAAAUGCUAAAGAAGGGCCUUGCAGACGUCUGAAAGGGUUUGAGAUGUUCUUUUCAAUCUAGGUUGUGUAAUUUGAUCUGAACAACCAGGCAGGCAGGCAUGCGACUUUGCAAAUGCAACAACGACAACUUUGACGUACUUUUUUCCGUUUUUUUUUGUCCACGUUUUUUUGUUUUAUUCAGCGGCUCACGAUUGGGUAUU